UUCGUUACGAAAUUGUUUUUUCUACUACUCACUUUUAUCGCACCUCUCGCGGCUUCAUCAAGGUCUACAACGUAGCUCGCAAGAGAAAGUACUAUCCCUAAUCCAAUCCAUCACAUCUCAUGUAUGUCAUUCUCCCUCACGUCAACUUCUUCUUUGUUCUGGCAAUAUCCACGUGACUUCUCCUUUUUUUCUUUUUUUCUUUUUUUCUGGCGAUAUUCACGCCGCCGCGAUUGUAAUUAUGAAUUCUCAUCCCUAUUUUCUCCUUUCCUUCUUCGCCGAGAACGCCUGUUUUUUUUCUUUUCGGACUCUUUUUUUUGUACGGCGCGUCCACGUUGCUGACCCAACUUCCUGUCGCCGACAACAAAUAAAUACUGACUCCUUACCAACAGCCCUCCAACGCCACUAUGUCUAAGCCAGACAAGUACAAGACUCCGGAGGAGAAGGGUGUCGGCGUUCCCGGCACUGCCAACAACGACUCUGGAUGGAAGCCUUACACUGUUCCUUACACCGGCGCUGGAGCUUCGCGUUCCGCCAACGGCGAUUGGGUCCCCUCGGCCCAGCCUAUUCGUGAGCAACGUUCACACGCUGCACCCCCUCUGUACAUUAAGCGCAACAGGGAGGACAAGUCGUCUGGUAAGGGAAAGGAGACUUCUGGUCAGAAGAAGAAGACCGGCAACGAGAACCAGAUGUUCUUGACCAACACUCCCCUGCUAACGAUUAAUAUUCCAGGUCACAAUGGUUUUUCCUUGUCUUCGCAACGGACGCGUCUGGGCAUUUUCCUUUCUGCACCUUCUUGUUUUCGGCAAAUUCAUUUUCAUUUCCAUCGUCGACGCUGCAUUAUGGUUUCCCGGCAUGAAUAACGACAUUACGACUCACGACAGCAUAUCAUUCGCGAUGGCGUUCCAGCUUGAGAAGGACUGAUACCUAAGGAAGGAUGGCUUUAGUUUUGGUGUUGGCUUUUUGCUUUCAUAAUUGCAUUUCUGCGAGAGAGUCGAUAAUUAAUUAGGUAUGGACUAUGUGAACUAUAUGUCGCACAUGUUGAUUGGAGUUGUGAUAAAUCAUUUCUUUUUCUUUUUUCUCCUCGGGGCCAUCUUCAUGGCUGCUUUGCUGUGGUCAUCUUUCCUUCCAUACGUAGUUCUAAUCAAUCCUU